UGAUGACAGUGGCUGAACGCUCAGUACGUGAAGCAGUCAUGUCUGCCUUCAUCCUCGGUUUAGACGUGGGAACAACCUCAGUGAAAGCCGUCCUGUUAGAAACUGACUCCAGAUCGGUGGUUGAGAGUCACGCUUUGCCGACUGCGUCUGAUAUCAGCGACAAUACCAACAACGGGAUAAAGGCGAAAGAGCAGGAUCCCGGCCGGAUAGUGGAGGCGCUGAACAGAUGUGUCGGCCAGCUGUCCAGAGACAAGCUGCAGCGUGUCAGCAGCAUCGGGCUGUCCGGGCAGAUGCACGGAGUUUUAUUCUGGAAAGCAAAGAGCGGUUGUGAUUGGUCGAACAUGGAAUUCUUCACACCCAGAGACACCAGUCAACUAAUCACCUGGCAGGACGGACGCUGCAGCAGUCAAUUCCUGUCCUCUCUUCCCAAGCCAGACUCUCAUCUCAGCGUGGCCUCAGGGUUUGGCUGUGCAACAAUCUUCUGGUACACGAGGAACAGGCCGGAGUUCCUUGAGGACUUCACAGUGGCAGGAACCAUCCAGGACUAUGUGGCGUCCAUGCUGUGUGGUCUGGAAGAGUGUGUGAUGACACCUCAGAAUGCAGCCAGCUGGGGCUUCUUCAACACCACGUCCAACCAGUGGAACACUAACAUCUUGACGGAAGCCGACUUCCCUUUGCACCUGCUCCCAAAGUGUGUGCCGUCUGGGGGCUUUGCGGGGAAGACGUGCUCUAACUGGCAUGGUAUCCCUGCUGGUACACCUGUAGCUGCUGCCCUGGGAGACUUCCAGUGCUCUGUCUACUCCUGCAUGAGUGCGAACACAGACGCAGUUCUUAACAUCAGCACCUCUGCUCAGCUGACCUUCGCCAUGCCAGCUGGCUUCAAACCUCCAGACUCUCCUCCGCCCGCCUCCUCCGUCGCCUACUUCCCUCACUUCAACGACUCGUACUUGGCGGUGGCGGCUUCACUGAACGGAGGGAACGUGAUGGCGACAUUUGUGGGGAUGCUCGGCGCCUGGAUGAAAGAGCUCGGUGCAGAGCUAAGCGAUGUCUGCUUGUAUGAGAAGUUGAUCCACUGCGCCCUGAAUCAGGAAACGAGCGACCUGAGGGUGAGUCCCACAGUCCUGGGAGAGAGACACGACCCGCUUUGCCUCGGCCACGUGACCAACAUCUCCACCGCCAAUCUGUCUCUGGGUCAUGUGACCAGGGCUCUGUGCCGAGGAGUGCUGGACAACAUCACCGCCAUGAUGCCUGCUGAGCGGCUGCAGCAGGCGGGCGUGAGCAGGAUUGUGGGUUGUGGGAGCGCUCUUGCCCGGAACGAGGUGCUGAGACAGGAAGUGGAGAAGGCGUUUCCUCAGCCGGUGGUGUACGGACAAAACGCGGACUCUGCUGUCGGCGUGGCCAUGCUCCUCUGUGACUUACUUUGAACUAGACUUCUAUGUAAACCUGUCACGCUGGAGCGCUGUCUCAGAUUUUGCAGUCUUACAUCUUCUGAUGAUUUAAAACGUUGAGGACCAAAUGAUUGAAGCUAUUAUGAAGAAUAUUUAACAGGAAGGAAUACUUUUACUUUCUGAGCAUGCAGCAGAUCUACGAUUCAUUCCAGCUCACUGGAUUGUUGAUUUGGACAAAAGAGAGGAGGAGAACUUAUUAAUCUGGUAACAAAGGACCGGUCUCAAGACCACUUUUUGAAGGUCUCAGACUUGACAGACUCCGGACUUUAAAAAGGACAUAUUAUCCCCUUUCUCCACCUCUUCAAACAGUCCCCUGUGGUCUAAUUGCUCUGAUUUUUAUCCCCCGGUUACGGCCGCAGCCUUCCCGGUGUUACGGUCUAAGUGAGUGACACGCCCCCUAACCACAAGAUGAUGAUUUUUCAGAGAUAGUUAUG